UUGAAUUAGCUUUAUCUGCGCGCAUUGGGCUCCGGCAGUGCUCGCCGUAUUCGAAUUAAGCGAAGAAGAGCUGAGCAAUUUACUACAGUAGAAGCCGCAGGAAAAAAAAUGACGGGUGAAACCAAGUUCAGUGUGAUGGUGAGUCUAUUCGAGUGGAUUCAGAAGACAAAAUACUCCGCCAAGAAGCGCUCCAAGUUUCGUAAGUUUCUUGACACUUUCUGCAAGCCUGAAGACUACUUCUCCGCAAUUCGGUUGAUCCUUCCGAGUCUUGACCGAGAGAGGGGCUCUUAUGGACUCAAGGAGUCGGUUCUUGCCACCUGCCUCGUCGACGCUCUCGGCCUUUCCAAGGAGUCCCCAGAUGCUCUUCGUCUUUUCAAUUGGCGGAAAGGAGGCGCCAAGACCGGCGUUAAUGCCGGAAAUUUCUCUCUCGUCGCCUUCGAGGUACUCCAAUCCAGGCAAGUAAUGUCAUCAGCUGGGCUAACAAUCAAGGAAUUGAAUGACUUGCUUGAUAGGUUGGCUUUAAAUGAAAACAGGGCAGAUAAAACUUCAGUGCUUUCCACUCUGAUUAAGAAGACAAAUGCUCAGGAAAUGAAGUGGAUUAUCAUGAUAAUUCUCAAAGAUUUGAAAUUGGGAAUUAGUGAAAAGAGCAUUUUCCAUGAAUUUCAUCCUGAUGCGGAGGACUUGUUUAAUGUUACAUGUGACUUAAAACUGGUAUGUGAAAAGCUGAAGGAUCGAAGUCAAAGGCACAAGCGCCAGGAUAUUGAGGUUGGGAAGGCUGUGCGCCCUCAACUAGCUAUGAGAGUUAGUGAUGCGCAAUCUGCAUGGAAAAAGCUUCAUGUAAAGGAAGUGGUUAUGGAAUGCAAAUUUGAUGGUGACCGCAUCCAAAUACAUAAGAAUGGGGGAGAGAUACACUACUUUUCAAGGAACUUCCUUGAUCACUCUGAAUAUGGACAUGGAAUGUCAGGCAUUAUUACUCAAAAUGUUCUGGCAGAUAGGUGUAUACUAGAUGGAGAAAUGUUGGUUUGGGAUUCUUCUUCGAAUCGAUUUGCUGAGUUUGGUUCAAAUCAGGAAAUAGCAAAGGCAGCAAGGGAUGGACUUGAUAGCCAUAGACAGUUGUGCUAUGUUGCUUUUGAUAUCCUUUAUGUUGGAGAUACUAGUGUCAUUCACCAAAGCUUGCGGGAAAGACAUGAUCUUCUCCGAAAAUUUGUGAGGCCUUUGAAGGGUAGGUUAGAGAUUCUUGUACCUGAUGGGGGUCUCAAUGAUCGUCGUCUUCCUGGGGAACCGCCUUGUUCGCUCAUUGCUUACAAUGUGAAUGCUGUUGAGCGAUUUUUCGAGGAAACUGUUAAGAACAGAGAUGAAGGGAUCAUAUUAAAAGAUCUUGGCUCAAAAUGGGAACCGAGUGAUCGAAGUGGAAAGUGGUUGAAAAUGAAACCCGAGUACAUACAGGCUACUUCUGACUUGGACGUUCUUAUCAUAGGAGGAUACUAUGGCUCUGGACGCCAUGGAGGAGAGGUGGCCCAAUUCUUGGUGGGCCUUGCAGAGCGUCCUGCCCCAAAUACGUUCCCAAGGCGAUUCAUUUCCUUUUGUAGAGUGGGCACUGGACUAUCAGAUGAUGAGCUAGCUGCUGUUGUAACAAAAUUGAAGCCCUAUUUUAGGAAGUAUGAAUACCCAAAGAAAGGACCACCGAGUUUUUAUCAAGUUACAAAUAAUUCAAAAGAGAGACCAGAUGUGUGGAUUGAGAGCCCUGAGAAAUCAAUCAUACUAUCCAUUACUAGUGAUAUUCGGACUAUAAGUUCUGAGGUAUUUGCUGCACCAUAUAGCCUGAGAUUUCCCCGUAUUAACAGAGUUAGAUGUGACAAACCUUGGCAUGAAUGUCUUGAUGUGCAGUCAUUCAUAGAACUGGUGCAUUCAAGUAAUGGUACUACUCAAAAGGGGAAAGAAUCUGGAGUCCUGCAAGACAGCAAACAAACAGUAAAAAAAUCCUCCAAAAGGGGAGGAAGAAAGAAUGCAUCCAUUGUUCCAUCUCAUUUUAUGGAGACUGAUGUUUCUGAUGUGAAGGAGGAGACAUUAAUAUUUUCAAAAAUGAUGUUUUACUUUAUUAAUGUGCCUCCAACCCAUUCUCUUGAGUCCAUGCACAAAAUGGUUACUGAGAAUGGGGGAACUUUCUCAAUGAAUUUAAAUCAGUCAGUUACUCACUGUGUAGCAGCUGAAAGCAAGGGGAUUAAAUAUCAGGCAGCAAAGCGUCAUGGAGAUAUUAUUCAUUGCUCUUGGGUAUUAGAUUGUUGUUCACAAAAAAGCCUCCUUCCUUUACAGCCAAAGCACUUCCUCUUCCUCUCUGACGCUUCAAAGAAGAAGUUACAGGAAGAAAUUGAUGAAUUUUCUGAUUCUUACUACUGGGAAGUAGAUCUUGCAAACAUCAAACAGCUUCUAGACAACAUAAAUGCUUCAGAAGAUGCCAACAGAAUUGACUAUUUUAAGAGAAAGUACUGCCCUAAGGAUAAAUGGUCUCGCUUCCAUGGCUGCUCUACGUACUUCUACCUUCUAGCACAGUCUCUAACACCUGAUUGGGAAUCCGUGAUGGGACUUAAAAUGAGGAGGUUGAAGCUUGAAGUUCUUAUGGGGGGUGGUCAAGUCAGCAAUAAUCUUGCUAAUGCUACUCAUUUGGUGGUACUGACUGUUCCAGGAUCCACAGUGGAUUUUGAUUCUCUUAUAAAGAGUUUUACUGGUGCAGAGAAAUAUCUACUCAUGAACAGGAGAUUGCAUGUGAUUGGAUGUCAAUGGUUGGAGAACUCCUUGGAAACGGAGACAAAAUUGCAAGAGGACAUGUAUAGCUUGAAGCCUUUUGGAUUGCAAGAUUUGAAUAUUGAAGAGUGCAAAUUUGAUCCAGAUAGGGAAGAAGGCUCUUGUAAUUUUGAUGGUUUAGGAAACCAGAAACUUCCAUCGAUUACUGACAGCAAAGCAACAGAGGGAGAAGCUUCUAAACGUGCUCAGAUAACAGUCUCACCCAAAGGAGAUGCCAAACGAAAAAGAGGGAGACCUUUUGGCAAGAGUGUGAAGAGAGGAACAGGCCUUGGCCGAGCUCGAAGAACACGACCACGCAUUGGAAAGUCAGCUAAACUAUGUGAAAUUGGGUCAGAUGAAAGUGGUCCAUCUGGUGACGAUACAAAUGAGGGGGGAAAUAAAACGAAUAGGGGAAACCAAGAAAUUGAUGCUGAAGUUAGCAAUGAAGUUCCAGAAAUGAAACAAACUGGAAGAAGAUGAUUCAAAAUCGUCACACUUGAGCAAGGUAGCUGAAAAAGAGAUUGCUGAAGAUGAUGAUAAACAGGAAGAAUGGGUCUCUGAAGCUUAUGACGUUAAAAUUGGUGAAAAGAAGCAGGAUGAAGUUCCUGAUAUUGGAACCAGUGAACGGCAUUAUGAGCAGGGGAAAGAAAACACUGAGAAACUAGAAGUUAUGGUUGAUCCACUUCAUGCCAUGUUAAUUGACAUGAUUCCUAGCCUUGGAAUGAAGAGAGAGGAAACUAUGAACCCGAUUUUGGAUCGUGAAAAGCCCUCUGUUGAUCCUGCUGUGCAGCCUACUAAGAAAAAGAAAGUCAGCUACAAGGAUAUUGUUGGAGUGUUCAAGGAUUAAUAAGAAUGGCGUUAUCUAUUUUUUUUAAUGUGUUGCAACUUUUGCAAAUAGUUGUAAUUAGGGUUUAAAAUGUCAAAUUUUAUUUGAUGUAGCUUUACCGCACAAGUUUGAUGAAUAGGAUGUGUUCUCUUGCCUACAUUCUUGGUAAUGCACCUUGUUUAGUGCUUUA